AUGUUAUUUCUCAUUGCUUUAUCGUACGGAAUAAUUGCGAUUAAUUCACAAAUUAGAGUAAGCAAAGAAUCAAAGGGUGGUGUGUAUUUGCUCAAUCUUGUUCACAUUAGAUAUACAGAUAUCAUUAAAAGUGUUCACACAAAUAGAAAAAUCCCAGCCCUAGAGUAUCUUGGUUGUGGGUAUGAUAUAUUGUUUGGAAGCCCUUUUGGAGACCCGGGAACUUUAAUAGACCCAGGGUACAGAGAACCGAUAAUAUCCUAUUCAAUCAUUCAAAAAACAACAAGUCAUGCAAGAAGAGGUGUAUUCGCAAAGAUAAACGGAGCUUGGAUUCGUCCGCUUGUAGCCUGCAAGAGAUCGAACAAGGUUGAUGUUGUAAAAAACAUUGAGGAAUAUAGAGCUAUAGCUGAAAUUGAUAGUGAUGUUUCAGUUUCUGCAAUUGAGAAUUCCGCAAAAUUUUCCCUUUCCACCAACUACUCCAGGGCCAAAGAAACCUUGAAGUCCACUGGAAACAAUAUUUAUAUCGAUCGUUCCUAUUGUUUUUUGUUAGAAGCAGGCUUGCCUAUUCAUUCAAAUUGGAAGCUAAGAAGAUCAUUUAUAUUGGCUGCCAAGAAACUUGGACAUGGAUUUAAAGAAGCUACGAAAAAAUGUAGAGUUGUGCAGUAUUCCAUGAACCCAGAAAAUCCUGAUUGCAGAGAAUCUAUAAAACCAUGGAUGGAUCUUUUUGAUCAGUUUGGAACUCACUUUUCGUACAAUAUAAAGAUCGGAGGUAAAAUAACAAGCGUUAGCCAAGAGAGCGCAGAAAACAAUAGUACAAAUAACAACAGAGGUAAUUCCAUAGGUAUCGAUGCUUCUGUUGCUAAACAUGAUAAGGGACUGAGUGCCAAUGCCAACGUAUCCUUCACCUUCGGUGAACGCAGAGAUAAUGGAAACAACCUCUCCUCAAAAUAUACAAACAUCCUUGGAGGCUUACCUGUAGGCAAUAUUAAUGAUGAAUCGGAGUAUAUAAAGUGGAUAAAGAGUGUAUACAGGAAUCCAAUGCCAAUACGAUCACAAUUUGCUCCCAUUUCAAAGUUGUUCAAGAGUAAAGAACUUAGAGAGUCAUAUGAUGAAGCAUUUCAGUUUUAUUUAGCGUUGAGUUUGUCCUCAUAA